AUGCCUCGAGACAACUACAACUUCAAAUUCAGUCAAUGUUUCGGCGAUAAGGCUGAUAUAAUAGUCACAGAAGCUGAUAUAAUCACCGCUGUGGAAUUCGAUCAUACAGGUGAUUAUCUCGCUACGGGGGAUAAAGGUGGACGAGUAGUCCUUUUUGAAAGAAAUAAGGCAAAUAAACAUUGUGAAUAUAAAUUCCUGACGGAAUUUCAAAGUCAUGAUGCUGAGUUUGAUUAUUUGAAAUCCUUGGAGAUUGAAGAAAAAAUUAAUCAAAUCAAAUGGUUGAGACCUACACAAAGAUCUCAUUUCUUAUUGAGUACUAACGAUAAGACUAUUAAACUGUGGAAAGUGUACGAGAAAAAUAUUAAGUUGGUUAGUGAAAAUAAUUUGGAUACUACCACAACAUCAACAAAGAACUUACCAUCUUUGUCAUUGCAGAAUUUGAAAUUACCUCAAUUGUCACAACAUGAUAAGAUCAUUGCAGCUGCACCAAAGAGAAUUUAUAGUAAUGCACAUACGUAUCAUAUCAAUUCCAUCUCCACCAAUUCAGAUCAGGAAACUUUUAUUAGUGCAGAUGAUUUGAGAAUUAAUUUGUGGAAUUUGGAUAUACCAGAUCAAAGUUUUAAUAUUGUUGAUAUAAAACCUACCAAUAUGGAAGAAUUGACUGAAGUUAUCACAAGUGCUGUUUUCCAUCCACAAGAUUGUAAUUUAUUCAUGUAUUCAUCAUCAAAGGGAACCAUUAAAUUAUGUGAUAUGAGACAAAAUGCAUUAUGUGACUAUAAGACCAAGACAUUCGAGGAAUAUAUGGACCCAAUUAGUCAUAAUUUCUUUACUGAAAUUACCUCUUCAAUUUCAGAUGUAAAAUUUAGCCCCAAUGGACGGUAUAUUGCAUCAAGAGAUUAUUUAACGGUGAAAAUUUGGGAUAUUAAUAUGGAUAAUAAACCAAUAAAAACUAUUAACGUUCAUGAUCAAUUGAAAGAGAGGUUGAGUGACACAUAUGAAAAUGAUGCCAUUUUUGAUAAAUUUGAAGUAAAUUUCAGCGGAGAUAGUACAAGUAUUAUGACUGGUUCAUAUAAUAAUAAUUUCAUGAUAUAUCCAAAUGUGAUAAAUACAGACGCAAAUGACACCACAGGUAUAGUAAAAACCUUUAGUCAAGAUUCAAAAAAUGAUCUAUUUAACAAUUAUAACGAUGGAAACUUCAAAUCAGCAUCUCCGAAUAAUAAUACUAAUAAUAAUAAUAAUAAUAACUCGAAGCGUAAAUCAAACUCAAAGGGAACAAACACAACAGACAAGAAUAACAAUAAUAACGAAAUAGUACUGCAAGCAGACAAAACAGUAUUCAAGAACAAAAGAUCAAGUUCCCUAUCAUCGAGAUCAACAAAGGGCAAAGAUUGGAGCAACGGAGUAGAUUUUAAAAAAAGUAUCUUACAUUUCUCAUGGCAUCGAAGAGAAAAUAGUAUCGCCGUCGCCGCGAUUAAUAACCUAUUUAUUUUUUCUGCAUUGUAA